UGACGGGGAUGAUGUCACAUCUGGUGUUGCUAUGGUUCUGGUAGUUCUGCCCGGUUUUUAAUUGGACUAAAAAAAUGAUAGCAACUCGUUCAGCCAAUGUGCGUUCAGGUCGCGAGGGAGCUUCUCGCCCUGGCCGGGGUCCAACAGCCAUCGUCGGUCAGGGGGAAAAGUCGUAAAAAAUGGCGUUGGACGGACAUCAGGAAACAAGCACAAAAGCGUUUUUUGAGAAUUAUCAAAAGGACAUCACCUCUCAUGUGCCGUGGUCUCACACUCCCUCAAACCAUUCCAGUGAAACUAGUGCUUUUGCCCAGAACAGCUUUAAGAAAAGGAACCCAACUGUUAAUCCUGAUUAUGAGGGUGAAGCAGAUCUGCAGGGUUUAGUGUCAAACAUUUUGGAUGAGAAAGAUGCAAGUGACAGCUUCUACAGUGAAAGCUUACCUGGAAGCAGCUCCAUCUGGUCUCCAAAGACACUGAGAGAAGAGCUGCAAUGUUAUCCCUCAGAAGCUGAAGUCUUCCCAAAUACCCCAAUGCCUUCAAAUCAUUUACCCCAUGACAUGUUCAACCACGCACCACAGCCUGAGUUGACUCAACAAUUCAAUUCAGUUGCGACUAAUGAACAGUAUCAUCCCAAUCUGCCAAAUGGAGACAGUUGCUCCUUCCAGCUGAAGAAAUUGCCACCAGGUCUACCAUUACCCAACGCAGUAAACGCAGGUCCACCUGAAAUACAUCUGAAUAAAUACGCCUGGAUGCCAAAAAAUAUGGAGAAGGAAGCCAAUCAACCAGUGAAUAACUACCCAGAGGUCAGCAACGUCUAUAAUCCCCCAAACAAUAUGAAUGGAUCACCUUUUGAUGGUUUCUAUGACGACCGCUCCAUUCAGACUCAGGAGGACAUGAACCAGCUGGUCAGGAGCUUCCAGUCCCUCAUAUCCUCAGAGAAUAAUUACAUUUCCCCUGAAAAUUUUACAAACAUGCAAAAAAAGAGCAGAGACGACAAGACUGAACAAUACCAAAUUACUAGCCAAGCGAUGUCACCACAGAGAGCUCCCAUGAUGCAGAUCCCAAAACAGCUGAUGGACAACCUGGUGCAGCACGGCCGAGUUGGAGAUUUGAGAAAACAAACGUUUAAUCAGCACCUCACUAACUUCAGCCCUUACAACAGGGACUACUUUCAGCAAUCAAACCAAUCUUCUGAUCACUCACAGAGAAGGAUGGCAGCAGAUAACACGAAUGUAGGUACGAGCCCGUAUUUUAAUCAUCACGUCCCCCAAAGCCAGAUGCACAAGAUCAAGCAACAGAUGCAGAAGGAGAAGAGGAGGACACACACGUCUGGGUUUCAUGGAGAAGACUUCCCCAAGAGGCACCAAAGCAACGCUUACAUGACACCAGAAAAGAAAACACAACUCUCUCAGAACAUGUACUUCCAAGGGAGCAUGCAGCCUCACAGAGCUGAAGGAGAACACAACAUGAUAGGUGCAGAGAACGCUUCUCAACUUAACCCGUUUGCACGUCCCAGCAAAGAUCUCAGAAGGCCCUCAGACUUCAUCCCUAGAUCAACAUCCUUCCAUGAACUUCGUAUGUCUGGACACGAGGCUUCAGGUUACGGCCCAAAUGUCAGCGACUUGAGAGCCUCAUCUUUUCAAAGUCACCCGUCCGCCGCUACUCCUCCACUCAUGAUGAAUCAAGGAGCGGCGAACCAGCUCCACGUCUACGUGGAUGAAUGUGACAGGGAGUGCAGGGCUCUGGAGAAGGAAAGAAAGGCGAUUGAGGGCACUCUAAGAAAAACUUUCCCUGGAAUACGGAUUCCAGCAGGCGCCAGCGUCAACCUCCCCAGACCCUCAGGAAGCCCCACGAAACUGGACCACAUUGUUGUUAACCAGAUGAGAGAACAAAUAAAGGUAGCAAACCUUUUCGAAAGAAUGGAGGCUCUCUGUGACGCCCCUCUGCACAACAACAUACACACAGUGCUGAAACGGCAUCACAUGGCUGUGUGCAUCACACAAGCACGAUGCAACGAGAACGCCAGGAGCUUCAAACACCAGCAGCAGAAAACUCCUUUCAUGGAAAAUAAAGCCACCUUGAUGGUCAUGGCGCUGCAGGAUCUGGCAGCGACUACCAGGAGGCUCCGCACAGCUCUGUGGGGCGCUCUGCAGAUGACCCUCCCCCCUCCCGUCAGGACACCCGAAUACCACGAUUAUGAGGCAGUCACGUGCACAGACAAGUGCAGCGUUCCGUUCGUAGGUUACUCUUUCACACUCAUGAAUUAACUGGUUGAAAGUACAGGUUAGACGAUUAAGAUUGUUCUUUUAGCAUCUGUUAAAAGUUGUCUGCUGCAGAAAAUGAGAUGACAAAAUCGUUUUUGGCACCAUAGAGCUUUGUUUUGGUUUAUCAACUGCAUGAAAUUUAUUCAACCUCGCAGUCAAAUCUCCUCGAAUUAGUGUCAGCUCCACAUCAACAUGAAUCUUGUACCAUCACUGUUGUAUUUAAAGACACUAUUUAUGUGGAAGAGUUCGCCGAAUUCUUCAUUUUACCUAUUUAUUCAGUUUAGAAACCGGUUUUAGGCAUUCAAAAGCAAUAAUAAUCCAAUCACAGAAUCUCAGUUGUUUCAACAUUAAUUUGUUCUCUAGAAACUCCCAAUCAUUUAUCUGAAAUUGUUUCAUGUAGGAUUCUGGAAUCAGAAACUCGUUUUAAAAAGUUCUCAAACCGAAUGAAAAGCUCACUAUAUUUAACCCUGUUAUAAAGCUAUACGUUAUAAAAGCAUUGUUUUCCUGACGUUAGUUUGGAGUUUAUUAUAAAAUUUAAAACAAAUAUCAACUAGUAGGUUCAAGUUACGAAAGCAUUUUACUACGAUACCUGUGUAAUCAUACGGUUUCUCCUCUAAAAAUGCCAUUUAAAUGUUAAAUUAAGGUUGUUUUGUUGUGACUUGUUGCCAUAGUAAUGUGUUCUCCUAAAGCAAUUUUUUAAAUCUGAUCUCCUGUUGAUGCUACGUCCUCUAAAGAACAGUUUAAGUGUUGAAGUUGACGUGUUCUGUAAACUGGAUAUUUAAAAAAAAUAAAGUAAAUAAAAUGUUGAAAAAAA